AUGGCAGAAGCAGCUAUAGAAGAAAGACCUCCAUUGAGGUUUUAUUGUCAUGUUUGCAAUGUGCAGUUUCAGAAUGCUUCAGCUAAUUUUACGUGUCCACAUUGCUCAGAUGGAUUCAUUGAGGAACUGCAGGAAAAUGCAGAGGGUACUGAAGACAUAGUUGAUGAGGACUGGGAGGAUGAGGAUAUGGACAGUAUUUUCGCUAGUUUUGUGCCCGAUCAAAGGGGCAGAACAAGGUCAUCAGAGGGUAUUCGACCCGGAAGAAGGUACGCAAACUCAACACGUGCCAGGAUAGUGAGGCCCAGGACACUAACUCGUCUGGCUUCGUCAAAUUUGCGUCAAAAUAACGUGCCUUUUGAACACCUACUGCAAGAUUUUAUAAUUAAUUUGGGCGUUGGGGUGAACAUAGGUAACAACAUGCAGUUGUUUUUGGGAAAUCCUGGUGAUUAUGCAUGGGGCAGAGAAGGAUUGGAUGCCAUCGUCACACAACUGUUAAACCAAAUGGACAGCACUGGUCCUCCACCAGUGUCCAAAGAGACCAUAGACGCAUUAACUGUGGUGGAGGUGACUGAAGAGCAGGUGCAGAGCAAGCUGCAGUGCUCUGUGUGUUGGGAGGAUUUUAGGCUGCGCGAGAAGGUUCGCCAGCUGCCGUGCUUGCACAUCUACCACGAGCCUUGCAUACGUCCCUGGCUCGAGCUGCACGGGACCUGCCCCAUCUGUCGACAGAAUUUGGUAAACGCUGACCAGCCCAACAACGACGGAAACGAAGACUCGGGAAACAGCGGAGAGAACCUUUGGAAUAUAAGACAACUGUACAGGCCGGCGACGCAUUUAAAUACGUUAUUUUCUAGUUCGAGUAGCAGUUCCUCUGACACGACAAGCAGCAGCGGAGGGAGUUCGGGUUCAACUCGAACAAGAUCACCCAGCGACUCUUCAAUGAUGUAA